AUGCCGAAGGCAAAACGAGUCGGGAAAAGAAGAUGUCUAGGUGUUCUGGACAUUUACGGAUUCGAAGUACUAGAGAAAAACUGUUUUGAACAGUUUGUUAUAAAUUAUUGCAACGAGAAGCUUCAACAGCUCUUCAUAGUACUUACGCUCAAACAGGAGCAAGAGGAGUAUAUACAUGAGGGUAUUCAAUGGGAGCACAUAGACUACUUCAAUAAUGCAAUAAUCUGUGACCUCAUUGAAAAGAAUAAUCACGGCAUCCUGGCGAUGCUGGAUGAAGAGUGCCUUCGGCCGGAGCCCGUCAGUGACGACACGUUUUUGUACAAGCUGACCAAGGUGUGCCAGGAGAGCCCCUACUUCGAGAGCAAAGGAUGCAAGAACUUCAUGGCGGACGCCUCCCUGCCAUCUCAGUGCUUCCGUCUCAGGCAUUACGCCGGUGCUGUUACCUACUCUGUUGCUGGUUUUAUUGAUAAAAAUAAUGAUCAUCUCUACCGUGACCUGUCUCAAGCCAUGUACAGCUGCGAUCAUCCGCUGAUGAAGAUUUUGUUUCCGGAAGGAAACCCAAAGCGUACGACUCUAAAACGUCCUACUACGACUGCCACGCAAUUUAAAAUUUCCAUUGGGGCCCUUGUAAAAAAUCUUCAAGCGAAAACGCCAAAUUACGUCCGCUGCAUUAAGCCAAAUGAACUCAAGCAGCCUAUGAUCUUUGAGAUGGCGCUGGUCCAACAUCAGGUCCGAUACCUCGGGCUGGUGGAAAACCUGAAGGUGCGGCGCGCCGGGUUCGCCUUCCGGCAGGAGUACGAGGCCUUCCUGGAGCGCUACAAGCUGCUCAGUCCGCACACGUGGCCUCACUGGUCGGGCCUCCCCGUCGAGGGCGUCACGCUCCUGCUCAGGGACUUGCCCGUCCACCCCUCCGAGUACGCCUUCGGCAGGACCAAGAUCUUCGUCAAGAACCCACGCACGGUUUACGAGCUCGAAGAAUUUCGGCAUGAACGGCUGCAUGAGCUGGCCACCCUGAUUCAGAAGACCUGGAGGGGCUUCGUCAUGCGGAACAAGUUCUUGCGCAUGCGCGAGGGUCAAGUGACCAUCUCAAGCAACUUCAAAUGCUGGAAGCGUCGUCGGUACCUGCUGUGGCUGGCACACAACCUACCCUCCGAGUCACCCCUGGACCGGUCGUGGCCGCCGGCCCCACGCUUCCUCCAUACAACCAGUCACAUCCUGAAAAAGAUGUACCACAAGUGGAGGUGUUCCAAGUACAGAAUGAGGUUUGACCAAACAGCUCGAAAUCGAAUGCGAGAAAAGGUCACCGCGAGCAUCAUCUUCAGGGAUCGGAAGGCUUCCUACGCGAAAAGUGUAUCCCACCCUUUUCGAGGGGACUACGUGCGCCUGCGCCAGAAUGUCAAAUGGAAAAGACUGGCCAGCGAAACCGGCGACCAGUACGUUGUCUUCGCGGACAUCAUCAGCAAGAUCACGAGAUCAAGCGGCAAGUGCGUCCAGGCGCUAUUUGUCGUUAGCACCAACGCCAUGCUGAUCAUGGACCAGCGAACGCUGCAGAUCAAGUACCGCAUUCCCGUGGGGGACAUCUUUAGGAUAUCCCUCAGCCCGUUCUUGGAUGACAUCGCCGUGUUCCACGUUCGCACGACGGAAGCCACCAGGAAGAAAGGCGACUUCCUCUUCGAGACCGGUCACGUGAUUGAGAUCGUCACGAAGCUUUUCUUGGUCAUCCAGAACGCAACUGGGAAACCUCCGGAAGUUAACAUCGCAACCGAGUUCGAAGUUAAUUUCGGCAAGGAGAACGUCGUCCUGGGCUUCCGGUCGUCGGUGAUGACCGACGUCCAGUCCGGCCAGAUCAAGAUCUCCCGGAAGGGCAACCGGAUGGAAGUCGUCUUAUGAGGAUCGCUUCUAUAGGCGGCUUUUUUCAAUUGCACUUCCAAGGACUCGUUCCCGUGGAGGACACUCUGCAUGCACAGACGUCGACGCUGUUUCACUCAAAUCUCGACUAGCUCUAGCCUAGCGCUCUUGUUACUUUCUCUCGCGAUUACACGUAUACUUGCCUUAGGUUUUUGCUCGGAGACCAAGCGUCUUGCACGCGCUCUGAGAACUCUCUUUCAGAGCCUGCCUUACGAAAAAAACAAAAUGAACUCCCGGCGCCGCCUGUUCAAGGGUCUUCCCAGACGGCGGCCCCCCGACAUGUCAGUGUUACUGAACGACAGAAAUGUUUCUUCGUGGGUUCGCGCGAGUUUGCUUGUCGUACUUGGACAGCAUUUGUUUUAGACUGUUGGACAUUCGGUGUUUAAAAUCACCCCCUAUUAUAUUUGUCUGAGGCAGUUGACACAACGUACGUCUCACUAGAACGCUGCAUCGCAGCCCCUGGAUCGGGUUAUUUGACUUGCAUACUUUCGUACCAUACCGUCGCAAUCUCACAUGGUGUAUGUAGUCAUAUGGCGAGCAUUGUGAACCGGAUUUUUCCUGUUCAGUUUUUCUUCGUUUUUCUUUCUAUCUACGAGUGCGUGAUUGUGUGGGUGUCUGUGAGAGCGUCUGAAAAUGCUAGGUUUACCAAGGUUUUAGGGGUAAACUAGAACUGCUCCCAUUGCUCAAAAAGAAAAAUACAAUAAAACACAGCACUAGAUAAACUAAUAAAAACAUGUAUUUAUUCAUCUUCACUCGAGCGAUGCGCUAACACCUCGCCUAGGUGGUGUUGCGUCAUUUUUAACGUUCAUCAUCGCCAGCGUGGAAGUGUUGGACAUGCAUGGGUGUACCUAGCGAUGCAUUUUAACCGUGGGCAUCAUUUUUGAGUCGCUUGUUCGGAGUUAAUUCCGACGAAAAAGUAUCUCGUUCGGAUGACCCUUGUAAAUAUCCAUUCGUCGAAAAUAGAUAUGUCGCGUUUUUUUUUUUUAUUUGGUGAUAGCUACGAGACGUUAUUUCAGAUAGUGAUUUUGCUGAGAAGCCCUCAUUGAGAAACCUCUUCAGCUAUCUCUUCGUUAAAAUAGAGCCGGUUUGGUAGUAGAAGGACGUAGUUUCAUCUCUUAAUCGUGACGUGCAUUUAUUAAGUUAAAUGGCAUUGUUAUUUAAAAUCCGAACGCUGAGUAGGAUUAUGGAGCAGAUUAGAUUCCAGAAAGCGCCUUCGCUUUAUUUAAAUGCUAGGAGUACCGGAUUCUAAAAAUUGGUGAACAGUCACGUGUAUGAAUUCUUAAUCUCAUGAAGCCGGAACUUCUGCACAAGGCUUCAUAUACAAACUUUUGUUCUACCGUAAAACUCUACGCUGUUGGGUGAAACUGGAUAUGAUUAUCAUAUUGGCUGGCACUUGCAUAUCAGGCUGAGAAUUUAGCAAUUAUGAAAAAAAAAAGAAUGCCGCAAUAUACAAGUUCACAUUAACUUUCACGUAAGAACAGCGCUAAACACAACAAAAGCACGAGCUUGCAUCUUUAUCUCAGCAAACAAAAGACGUGACAUCAAUUUAUAAGAUUUUUUCUUAGUUUAUUAGGUAAAAAAAAAGAUGUAAUGUUAGGAAUUACCGCCAUAAAAUACGUACGCCAAUAAAUCGUGCGAAAGAAGACCAAGCAUGCGUUCAGGUUAGACGCGGUUCGUAGGGCACCUAUGCACUUGCAUUCACGGCUCGUUGACAUGACUGAUACGGUCAUGAUACAUCGUCAUUCACUAGUCACGGCAAAAGUCGUUAAGCCUUCCAGAGGAAUAAAACCAAAAGCGAAUGAUGGAGCACGGCAAGAACGAUACUGGGUCUUCUUACGCUCCGUUUCACAUUAAGUUGGACCGGUUGACAAUUCUCCGUUCUGACGAAGCCGAUCCCGGAGCAUUAAAAACUGACUCGUCACGGCACUGGUUUCCUUUGCGAGCUUGUUAUUACUGGCUGAACUAAUCACGCUCAGAAAAGAAAAAAAAAAACCCGCAGGGUUGCGGUGCAUUCACUGUGCGUGAUAAUGGUUUAGUCGGCAACAGAGAACGCACAAAGGGCGAUGAGUGCCGCGACGAUUCAACCUUUUGCCAUUGCUGGAUUGGCUACGUCGGGUCGUGGCGUUGGCUUACCGUAGAGGCCUUUGUGAAAAGUGUAUGGGAUGACGUUAACCCGAACUGUUUUCCGUUGGUGAUUGUUCGAGAGUUGCGGAAGACGAAGAAUCCAAAUAAUUCAACCAAUUGCAGGAGAUGUAAAAAAAGAAAACAAAAAAAAGCAUUUGUUUUUUUAAUGGGCGCAAUAUCAAACACUCGCUGCAUUUGUUUGUCGUCGACAAUCUUCAGUCAGAUAGUGAUUGUGCCAAAUUACACUGCCAACGUGAAGCAGGUGCAACUGAUCGAGUUUGCCUUCGGACUGUGUGUUUCUUAAGGCCUGUCUUACGUGAGGCGACUUCUCGCUAGUAUUGUUACAAAGAAUUGUUUGCGCGUGCGUAUGUUGUUUUUACAAGUUUUUAGUGUUAUCAUCGGCAGAUGUUAAAAACUUUCGAGUCGAUCCACGCGUAACAAACCCGGUGCUUCUGUCUAGAAACUGAAAAAAAAAAUGUUUCACAGUUUAGCGCCGCUUUUCACUUUGAAUUUGUCUAUGUAAUUUAAAACUCUAGAUCUAACAAAAACAACACACACACACACAAACACUGUAUGUUUGUCUUUUCAUUCAUAGCAUUACAGUAUAGAAUCUGUUUAUAAUAAGUUUAGCUGUUUUCUAGGGUGCAGGAUUCAUGUGGGUAAUCUGUCUUAUAUCCAAGGCUGCUACUCCCAACCGUAGGUGUACUGAUAAAUACUUUGUAAAAAUACGCUAGGGUAUAGGUCAGCAUCUUAACAGGAACUAUAAGAACAAGUCUAGGAAAUUCAGAGAACGAGUGUGCCGCUAGUCGUUUGGAGUUUUUCUACGCGAACGCACCUUGUUAUUUCCUCGCUAGAUGUCCGGUUAGGUGUAUGCAGGUUAGCGUGUAAUGCUCUGAUUUUUUUUUGUUUACAUAUUCUUGCCUAUCAACGGUCGAUGUAAACUACUGUAGGCUCUACGAGUAUAUGCAAAGUAACCUUACAUUAAGGUUAGCUACAUCUUUAGUUUAACGAAACGCGAGACGAUGCCGAAAACCGGAGUGCUGGACAUUUUAUUAUGGUUAACAUUUUGUGCCUUUCCUUCCGGAUUAGAUACCGUAUGGUUUUUUUAGUUUGUCACUUCUUACCUGCUCAUUUACUGCCGCAGACAAGUAUCUCCGGUGUUCGUCCUUGUAAUACUUGCCUUAAGUUGUAAACUGUUUUAAUGUCACGAGUUCAUUGUUUUAGCUGUAAUGUCCUUCUUACUCUGACCACUGAAAAGGAGUUGAUAUAAAAUAUUUGGUUAGCCUUUUUAUUUCUUGUUGAUGUAGACAAAAUACAUGCCUAAAUAAAUUUGUGUACACAGUAUAAAUACAUAUAUAGUAUACAUAUAACGCGUCAUGUGUACAAAGUUGAGAACACGAAAGCAGACGAUGCAGCCAGCGUUGUCCGGUUGCGAAGAGUUAACGAGAAGGAAAAUAAGUUAUCAUAAAGAGGACAUUGAGAAGUUUAUAAGCCAAAAUGUUUUCAUACUAAUUUUAUUAAUAAAAGAACAACC